GAACAUCCGCUUACACCAUGAAUAAAACAGUACAUGAAAAAGUAAGAGGGUGGACUUUUCCCAAUGAUUCUCUCUAUAUAAACCGUGGCAUCGGCCAUGAUUAACAUCACAAUCUCACCCCAAAAGCACACGGUUGCAGCUCGCCUCGUGGGCGGAAACGGGGUACGACUUCCUGGAAGCUGCAGCCUCGAGUGAUUCUUCUUCCACAGUACAGUGAUCAGUCGAGCCGUACGACCUUGACCGUUGAGCAGCUGCGGAGGCAAGGAGCAGAGUCGCCAUGGACGUCAUCGCGCCGGACCGCACCAAGAUCGCGCCGGAGAUCGAGAAGGACGAGGCCCUGGAGGGCGACAGGGAGUCGGACCCCGCGCUGGCGUCGACGCGCGAGUGGCAGUUCGAGGCCAUGCCGCGGUGGCAGGACGAGCUGACGGUGCGGGGCAUGGUGGCGGCGCUGCUCAUCGGGUUCAUCUACACCGUCAUCGUGAUGAAGAUCGCGCUCACCACCGGGCUGGUGCCCACGCUGAACGUCUCCGCCGCGCUGCUCUCCUUCCUGGCGCUCCGCGGGUGGACGCGCCUGCUGGACCGCUUCGGCAUCGUGUCCCGCCCAUUCACGCGGCAGGAGAACACCAUCGUCCAGACCUGCGGCGUGGCCUGCUACACCAUCGCGUUCGCCGGUGGGUUCGGGUCAACCUUGCUGGGCCUGAACAAGAAGACGUACGAGCUGGCCGGAGACUCGCCGGGCAACGUGCCGGGAAGCUGGAAGGAGCCAGGGAUAGGCUGGAUGACGGGAUUCCUCCUUGCUUGCAGCUUCGGGGGCCUCCUCACCUUGAUUCCCCUCAGACAGGUAUUGGUCGUUGACUACAAAUUAGUUUACCCAAGUGGGACUGCAACUGCUAUCCUUAUAAAUGGGUUUCAUACCGAUGUAGGGGACAAGAAUUCAAGGAAGCAAAUCCGUGGAUUCCUGAAGUACUUUGGGGGUAGCUUUCUAUGGAGUUUCUUCCAAUGGUUCUACACCGGGGGAGAUGCAUGUGGAUUUGUUCAGUUCCCUACUUUCGGUUUGAAGGCCUGGAAGCAAACAUUCUACUUUGACUUUAGCAUGACAUACGUUGGUGCCGGGAUGAUUUGCCCACAUAUAGUAAAUAUCUCUACCCUCCUUGGUGCAAUUAUCUCAUGGGGAAUAAUGUGGCCACUCAUUAGUAAACACAAGGGGGAUUGGUACCCUGCAAAAGCACCAGAAAGCAGCAUGAAAAGUUUGUACGGUUACAAGGCCUUCAUAUGCAUAGCUCUCAUCAUGGGGGAUGGCAUGUACCACUUCAUAAAAAUUGUUGGCAUCACUGCUGUGAGCAUGUAUCGACAAUUUAGUCGCAAGCAGGUUGACAACAAAGCAAAAAAUGUGGACGAUACACUCUCACUUGAGGAAUUUCAACGCCAGGAGAUCUUUAAGAGAGGCCAUAUCCCCUCUUGGAUGGCAUACACCGGUUAUGCCUUGUUUAGCGUUCUUGCAGUGGUUACCAUACCAGUAAUGUUCAAACAAGUGAAGUGGUAUUAUGUUGUUAUAGCCUAUGUCGUUGCCCCCAUGCUUGGAUUCGCUAAUUCCUAUGGUACGGGGCUUACCGACAUCAACAUGGGCUAUAACUAUGGCAAGAUUGCUCUCUUUGUCUUUGCGGGAUGGGCCGGCAAGGAUAAUGGUGUCAUUGCAGGCCUUGUUGCUGGCACCCUAGUCAAGCAGCUGGUGCUUAUCUCAGCCGAUUUGAUGCAAGAUUUCAAGACGGGUUAUCUCACUCAAACAUCACCAAAAUCGAUGAUGAUUGCACAAGUUAUUGGAACAGCCAUGGGUUGCAUUAUCUCCCCCCUCACGUUCAUGCUCUUCUACAAGGCAUUUGAUAUUGGUAACCCAGAUGGUACUUGGAAGGCACCUUAUGCACUCAUAUACCGCAAUAUGGCAAUACUUGGUGUGGAGGGCUUCUCAGUGUUACCGAAGUAUUGCAUUGCAAUAUCUGGCGGAUUUUUCGCAUUUGCGGCAAUUUUCAGUAUAGCAAGAGAUGUCAUGCCACACAAGUAUGCGAAGUAUGUGCCCCUACCAAUGGCAAUGGCAGUUCCAUUCCUUGUAGGUGGGAGCUUUGCUAUUGAUAUGUGCCUCGGGAGUUUGAUAGUUUUUGCAUGGACCAAGAUAAACAAGAAGGAGGCUGGCUUCAUGGUGCCCGCAGUUGCAUCCGCUUUGAUAUGUGGGGAUGGCAUAUGGACGUUUCCUGCUUCAAUACUUGCUCUUGCCAAGAUUAAACCACCAAUUUGCAUGAAGUUUCUACCUGCUGCCUAAACAACCAAAAAGUGUGCUAGGUGACCAAAGAUGCAUUGAAUUUCCAUAGUUGUGCCUCCCUGAACUAUAUUUGUAAUGUGUUGUUUUAUUCAGGAUGCUUCGGUA